AGACCGGCCCACUCUGACACGGGACUCCUGUGUCCCAGCCGAGACUGGCCCGCUCUAACGCGGGAGCCCGUGUCCCAGCCGAGACUGGGCCCGCUCUGACGCGGGAGCUGUGUCCCAGCCUGCAUCUCGACCACAGGCCAAGCACCCCUUCCCCUGGGCGGAUGUGGCGGUGCAGGAGUUGGCCAUCCGUAGCGGAGUGCCCGGUCCAGCUCCCGCCUCUGAUGCAGCCCCCUGCCAGCGGCUGGGAGGCAGCAGAUGAUGGCUGAAGCGCUUGGGUCCCUGACACCCUCGGAGGGAGCCGGGUGGGGUUCUCAGCGCCUGACUUCAGCCUUGCCCAGCCCCUGCGGCUGCAGGUGUUUGGGGCGGGAACCAGCAGGUGGCAGCCUCUCUCCCUCGCUCCCUGCCUUUCCAAUGAGAUGAAGUAAAUACAUGUUAGAAAUCAGCAGCUCUCACAUUUGUGAUGUGGAGAAGCGUAGAGAGCAUCCAGGGCAGAAGGCACUGCAGGGCACGCAGCCCUCCCUUCCCGCUCCCAGAGGACGCGGGCCUGGGCGGCGCCCUGGGCCAGCACUCCCGGCUGCACCCCAGGGGCUGCCCUCAGUGCCCUGAUUCUCAGAGAUGCCCAGGCCACCCCUGAGGCCUCUGGGCUUGAGCCUGGCCGGGCGUGCUCGGGGGAGGGGGUCGUGGGCCUGGGAGCCGUGCCCGGCGCAGCGGCCUCCCGGCUGGGCAGGGCGGUGCCCAUCUUCAUCCCCCGUGAACCUCUUCUCCCACAGGUCGAGCCGGGCACCCACAGAUGCCCCGCCAGCCCUGAGCCCCGUGUGAGGGGCAGCCAUGGCGCUGAGCCCGGGGCCCACGAGUGCCUUCCCCACGCUGGCUGUGACGGGCAGCGCCGUGCCCGAGCCGCCCGGUGGCCCCAACUUGUCCCUCAACAGCUCGUGGGCCAGUCCGGCGGAGCACAGUUCCCUGCAGGACCUGGUGGCCACGGGGGCCAUCGGGGCGGUGCUCUCGGCCAUGGGCGUGGUGGGCGUGGCGGGCAACGUGUACACGCUGGUGGUCAUGUGCCGCUUCCUGCGCGCCUCGGCCUCCAUGCACAUCUACGUGGUGAACCUGGCGCUGGCCGACCUGCUCUACCUGCUCGGCAUCCCCUUCGUCGUGGCCACCUACGUCACCAAGGACUGGCGCUUCGGCGACGUGGGCUGCCGCGUGCUCUUCAGCCUGGACUUUCUGACCAUGCACGCCAGCAUCUUCACGCUGACCGUCAUGAGCAGCGAGCGCUACGCCGCGGUGCUGCGGCCGCUGGACACGGUGCAGCGCUCCAAGGGCUACCGCAAGCUGCUGGUGCUGGCCACCUGGCUGCUGGCGCUGCUGCUCACGCUGCCCAUGGCGCUCGCCAUCCGCCUGGCCCGCCGGGGCCCCAAGCGCCUCUGCCUGCCCUCCUGGAGCCCGCGCGCCCACCGCGCCUACCUGACGCUGCUGUUCGGCACCAGCAUCCUGGCUCCCGGCCUGGUCAUCGGGCUGCUGUACGUCCGCCUGGCCCGGGCCUACUGGCGGUCCCAGCAGGCCUGCUUCCAGCAGACGCGCCGGCUGCCCCGGCCCCGGGUGCUCUGCCUCAUCCUGGGCAUCGUGCUGCUCUUCUGGGCCUGCUUCCUGCCCUUCUGGCUGUGGCAGCUGCUGGCGCAGUACCGCCAGGCCCUGCCCCUGGCGCCGCGCACGGCCCGCAUCGUCAACUACCUGACCACCUGCCUCACCUACGCCAACAGCUGCGUCAACCCCUUCCUCUACACGCUGCUCACCAAGAACUACCGGGAGUACCUGCGCGGCCGCCAGCGCUCCCCGGCGCCCGGCGGCAGCGCCCGAGGGCCCGCGGCGGCCGCCAGCGUCCUGCAGGGCCCGGUCCGCUUCCAGCGCGACUCCGGCCGCUCCCUGAUGUCCAGCAGCCCGCAGCCCACCGAGACCGUCGUGCUGGCGCCCGCGGCCCCCGGAGGGGCCUGUGCCUGAGUCCUGUGUGCGCCCGGGGCUGAGGGCGGAACCCAGGCUGCCUUCCCGGGACCGCUGCUCCCGGCUCCACCACCCGGACGCCCCGCUGGCUCCCGGCUCCUCUCCUCUGGCGUCUGCUGACCCAUCGGCACCUCCCCCGUGAGCCUGGCGUGGGGCGCUGGCAGGACUUCGGGGAGGGUCGGGCAGGAGGUGCACUCGGCAGCGGGACGGUGCCCUGCAGCCGGAAGGCAGGGUCUGCCCAGGGCCACAGAAGUGCAGGCGACCCCUGGGUGAGGUGGAGAUGUGCACAAGGCAGCGCUGAGUCUGCUGGAGGGGGGGCUGGGGGGGCUGGGGCGGGCGUGGCCCCAGCCUGAGCUGAAGGGACCCUGCCCUGGCUCUGGGGCACAGCCUUCCCCCUCCCCAGCCAGAGCCAGAGCCUGAUGCUGCCGUCCCUGGGGAGCGGCCAGGGUGAAACCAGGGAUGUGAGAGCCGGAGCCGGGCCCGGGCUCUGUGGGUGCAGCUGGGGCGUCCCCGCCGGCACUGAGGCCCACUGGGGGCAGCCCUGGGCUGCAGGUCAGGGGCUUGGGGGACACUGAGCCAGUGUGCGUCCACACGCACCUGCGCCGGCCCCAGUGCGGUGCCUCCCGGAGCACCUGAGCCUGUGGGGCUGACAGGGACCGGCCAGAUAGCCACGGCCCCCUCUCUGUGGCUGUCACCUCCCCAGCCAGGUCAGUGGCAGCAGCUCCAGCCAGAGUGACUCCCGUUCCCGGCCCCACCCCCCAUGACCCCAUGGCCUGAGUCAGAAUGUGACCCAAGGGUCAGGUCCAGGAGUCGGCCCUGCAGCCCCAGCCCCGCCCUCAACCCCACUCAGAGCCAGUCACUGGUGGUGUCCAGGGGCAGCGGUGGACCCAGGGGACGAGCCCACAGGAUGCGAGUGUGGCCACAUUCCCAGAGCCAUGGUCAGCGGAGGGGUCUGUGCCUGGCCCCAUCAGCCAGGUCCUUGGGGGACUGAGGGCAGGCCACAUGCCGCACGGCCAUCGGGCAGAAUGGCAGGAAGGAGGGAGUGGCUCAGGCACAGAGCGGAGCCGGAGUGAGGGCCUCCUGGGAGCUGUGGGGAAGUGGGGUGUGUGGAAGCCCUAAAAAGUCUUCCAAGGGGCUGGCGCCACGACUCACUAGGCUAAUCCUCCGCCUGUGGCACUGGCACAUCGGAUUCUGUCCCGGUUGCCCCUCUUCCAGGCCAGCUCUCUGCUGUGGCCAGGGAGUGCAGUGGAGGAUGGCCCAAGUGCUUGGGCCCUGCACCCCAUGGGAGACCAGGAGAAGCACCUGGCUCCUGGCUUCGGAUCAGCGCGGUGCCGGCCAAGGCAGCCACAGAGGGGUGAAUCAACGGAAGGAAGACCUUUCUCUCUCUCUCUCUCACUGUCCACUCUGCCUGUCAAAAAAAAAAAAAAGUCUUCCAAGGACAUG